AUGGAGGCUCGUGGGCCAGGGCAAGCGUCGCCGUUUGUGCGCGAGGAGGCGCCGACGGCACCCAGCAACGGGAUUCCGGGGGACGGAGGCAGCGUUCCCCCGUCGCCCCCUUCGGGAAGGGGCGACUUCGGCGGAGGCAGUGACAGCCCCAACGACAGCAGCAACAGCAGCAGCAACAGCAGCAGCAACAGCAGCAGCGGCAGCAGCAGCAGCAGCAGCCCGAGCAGCAGCAGCAGUGACGCCGGCGGUGCCGGCGGCCUGGGCGGCGAAGAUCCCGGCGACCCAGGUGGGGACGGCGGUAGCGGUGGUAAUCCCGGCGACUCCGAGAACCUCGAGGAGCUGAAGUAUGAUCCAGCCGACGACCGCUACCCCUGCGGGCUAGAAGGGAAGAAACUCCUCUGGGGCGCCUCGAACGCUGGCCCGCUGCGCCAUGGGCUUGAGAGUGGCCGCACGCGGAAGCAGACCCGGGAGAUGCAAGGUGCCGGGGAGAUGCCGGGGCCCGGAGAAACACCGGACAUGAAAGAGGCACUGCUGGCCACCAUCCUGGAAACUAGCGGGACGGGAAGUGUUGAGGACUACAUCUGCAACUCGCUUGUGAAGGGGCAGUGGGACAAGGAGCAGACACGCCGUAUGGAGGAGAUGUACAGGCGCGAGAUGCAGGAGGUGUUGGGCCCGGAACAGCAGGCGUUCGGGGCCGAGGUCGACGCCAGCGGGUCUUCGCAACCACUCCCAGACCCACAGCCAAGUAUGACCUCGCCAAUCGGGCAGAAGCUGAGUGAUGUACAAGCAGUACCGAUGACGUACAAGGAUGUGAUGUGUUCCAAGUACAACGUUUUCUGGGAGGCGGCCAUAAAGGAAGAGAUAGAUGGCCACGACAAGACUGGAACCUUUACCAAGGUCAAGGAGCUGCCCGAGGGGCGGAAGGCCAUAGGUUCAAAGUGGGUGUUCUCUUGGAAGAAGAAUGAGAAGGGCCUGAUAGUCGACUUCAAGGCCCGUAUGGUUGCGCGGGGGUUUUCUCAAAUCCCCGGCAUCGACUUCCACCACUCAUCCUCAGCGUGCCCGUCUGCAGCGUCUAUCAAGACGGUGAUUGCCGUAGCCACUGAAAAGGGCAAGAAACUCGCUCACUGGGAUGUGAAGCAAGCGUACAUCCACGCUAAGCUAAAAGAAGAAAUAUACCUCAGGUUCCCGGAAGGCUGUGGUAGCAUGUCCGGCAAGGUGGUCAAGGUUGAGCGUGCCCUGUAUGGCCUAAAGCAGAGUGGCCGUGAGUGGGGGUUUGAAGCUGCCGAUGCCCUCAUCGAGAAUGGAUACGAGCAGUGCAGGGUUGACCCGUGUGUCUUCCAAAAGGUGGUGGAUGGAGAGGUCGUAGGUCUCAUCGUGAUCUACGUUGAUGACAUCAUAGUGGCGGCAGACGAGGGAGAGCCAGAGGAGUUGUUCGCUUCCCUCAACAAGAAGUUUCCGGUGAAAGAUCUGGGGGAGUGUACCUGUUACGACGGGUGUGCUAUCGCCAUGGAUGUAGAAAAUGGCAUCACCAAGCUAUCCCAGACAGCACACAUUGAGAGUAUGCUGAAGCGAUUUGAUGUGACCACGAUCGCUUUCACCACUGCUGCCACCGAUGCCGACUUAGGGCCGAAGAGAGAUGACGAGCCCGCGGUGGAUAAGCCUGUGAGGGAGGCGAUCGGAUGCCUGAUGUGGACGAAGCUGACGAGGCCGGACAUCGCCCUGCCUCUGAACAAGCUCCAGAAGAUCGCCCACUCACCCACCGGGAGGAUAUGGAACGCGCUUGUGCGGAUCAUGUCCUACCUGAACUUCACGAAGGACUUCGGCAUCACCUACGUACGGGGGUCAGGGCUAGACCAAAGCGUCUUUGUCGAUGCCAGCUACGCUGACAACGAAGUAGACAGGCUUUCUACGACCGGGGUAGCUGGCGUGAAGGAGGCCUUGUUUGUGCGUGGCGUUCUGUCGUUCGUAGCGCCCGAGACGAGUGGGGCGAAGAUCAAGGUCCUUGAGGACAACAAGUGGGCUCUAGCCUUAAUCGAGAACCCGUUCAGCUCAGCGAGGAGCAAGCACAUCGACGUGCGGUUCCAUUUCAUUCGCGAGCUAUUCAAGUCGGGCAAGAUCACUGCAGAGUAUGUUCCGACUGGAGAGCAGCACGCCGACAUGCUGACCAAGGUCCUUGGCAGAGAGAAGUUAGAGUACCACCGGAAGGCUCUGAUGAACCUACCGAUGUAG